AUGGCGCCCGCUGCUACUGAAUCCGAAACCGUCGACCAGACGGUCCUGACCCUCCGCAAAGUCCUCGUCUCCGAAUCAGAGCCUCUCGCUCGCCGUUUCCGAGCCCUCUUCUCCCUCAAGCACGUCGCUUGCCUCCAGCCUCCUACCGAGCAAACUCUCCCAGCCAUCCAAGCGAUCGCCGCCGGUUUCGCAUCAAAAUCUGCCCUGCUGAAACACGAACUGGCCUACUGCCUUGGCCAGACUCUCAACCGCGACUCGGUUUCGUACCUGCAGCAUGUUGUCAAGGACGUCGAGGAGGAUGCGAUGUGCCGUCACGAAGCCGCCGAGGCUCUUGGUGCCCUUGGCUACGAUGAUAGUCUGGAUCUGUUGAAGAAGCUGCGGGACGACGAGAAUGAAUUGGAGAUUGUCCGGGAGACUUGCGAUAUUGCCGUUGAUCGUAUUGUCUGGGAGAACUCCGAGGAGCGCAAGGCGGAGAAGUUGAAGCCCAGAAGACCCUCCUCAACACGAAACUUCCUCUCUUCCAAAGAUACCGCGCGAUGUUCGGUCUCCGCGAUCUCGCUUCCCCCCCCCGACCUUCCCACCGCCGUCGACGCCAUCAAUGCGCUGGCCAAGGGCCUGAGUGACCCCUCUGCUUUGUUCCGCCACGAGAUCGCCUUUGUCUUCGGCCAACUAUGCCACCCUGCCUCCAUUCCUUGCCUGACCACCUGCUUGAGCAAUACCAAGGAGGAAGGUAUGGUGCGCCACGAGGCUGCCGAGGCUCUGGGCAGUCUUGGUGACGAGGAGGGUGUCGAAGAUACGCUGAAAAAGUUCUUGAAUGACCCCGAGCAGGUUGUGCGUGAUAGUGUUAUUGUGGCUCUGGACAUGGCUGAGUUUGAGAAGAAGGGUGAGGUUGAAUAUGCUUUGAUUCCAGAGGGAGCUGCUGCCACUGCGGCAUGA